GAAAGACGUCAACAAAUAUUUGAACCGGAUCCUACUGGCAGCGAUCUUGGUAACCUUCUGCGCAGUUUUCGACACCCGUUAUCCUUGUGGCGGACGUGCAAGGUGGUUUGGUCAUACGGAUUAGAGCUAUCAUCAUCAGAGGGAACAGAUUAUCGCGGGAGGGUUGGACCAGAGCCGGUCCCGUCACUCGGCCGGGUCAACUGACCCAAGCGCAGGCCUGUGUCAGUCAUCUAUGUUGCGCGAAACGGGCUUUGGGCAGCAAGCGCAAUGGUGAACAAUCAGGGCAUGCGGUCAAGCCUGCAGGUGGCUCCGUUAACGAUACACAAGACGCGAGGUGGGGGGCCUGAGAAGCCCUCGGACACAAUCGACCCGACCAACGAUUUGUCGGACACGCAGAUAACGCCGCCAGCGACUCCAAAUGAGUCGCGAGAGGAUUGCGAUGCGCCAGCUAGCAACCCGGUUUUCUCCAACUUCUUGCGGGCUUUCUACCCAUUCCACCCCGAUUACGUGACGAGCGAGUCGACAGUCACAUUACCGCUGAGUGAGGGGGACGUCGUUCUUGUGCACUCUAUCCACACCAAUGGCUGGGCCGACGGCACCCUUCUGGCUAACGGAGCGAGAGGAUGGCUGCCGACGAACUACUGCGAACCGUACGAACCGGAGGAGAUGAGGAGCCUGCUGAAGGCGCUUCUCAACUUCUGGGACCUGAUGCGCAGCGCCCUGGUAAACGACAAUGAGAUGUUUGGCAACCAGGACUUCAUGAAGGGGAUCAUUGCCGGUGUGCGGUACCUCUUGGAACGGACGCACUGCUUGACAAAAGAAUCCCCACUGGUCCAGAGACACGAAGGACUACGCCGGAGCCGAAGGUCGUUGCUAUCAGAACUGUCAUCCUUGGUCAAGACGGCCAAACGGUUGCAGGACGCGCAAAGGAUGAUCGGGUCCGAAGACAUCAACGACGUUGUGGACGAGAUGAUACUGAGAGCGUUCAAGAUUAUCAUCAAAGGCGUGAGAUUCUUGGAUAUUCUGGAGGAUGACCGGAGAUCUCGGCUGCCAGCAGUGACUAUAUUGACGACGCUGCAGGAGGAAGUUCCCGUUCCACUAACGCCGCCAGCCGAUUCGGGCUCUUUUCAUGCAGCACAAGAUCACACCGGCCCUGCGGAGUCAAGUAUGAUCGAGCCGAGCAGGGAUUCCGGGCCGACGCCAUCAGCGGCAGGCCACGUAGCACGGGAGCAGACACCGAGCGGCAACCGUUUGUCAUCCGGUUACGUGCAACAUGUCACCAACGGGCGCCGAUCAUCACAGAACAGUCUGGUACAAACAAACCGUUUGUCAUCCACAAUCUCACACCGGGUCAGUUUGGCCGGCCUUUCUACGUGCUCGCGCCCUCAGAACCUCGUCUCGGAGCGGCUUAAUUCCUGCCACGACAUCUUCCUCUCGCAUUUGGGAUCCUUCAUCGGACGCUUGCAACUUCAAUCUCAGUCGCGCCCUAGCCUCGCGGUCGCGGUAAAGCAGUCCGCUACCUCCGGCGGAGAGUUGCUGGUGGUCGUGGACGUGGUUGUUGCGCAGGCUUCGAUCGGCAUCGACGCGCUAGAGCAGGCUCGUACUGCCAUGUACAACCGGAUCCACGAUUUGGUGCUUACGGCGCGCGACAUUCUCAGCAAGUCGGAGCCAGAGAUGGAGGAUGAUGUGAUCGUGCCACAUGACAACGGCCGCCUGCUGGGGGCGGCCACCGGGUGUGUGAAGGCUACGGGAGAAUGCGUCGCGAAGACAAGGUCAGUCAUCGAGCGGAUUGGCGACUUCGAGUUCGAGUUUGAUCACGGUAGCCUUGGAAUCGAUUUUGGACUCUCCGACAUGGCCCAAGGUUUGCAUGAACAGUCGAAGCCUAGCGGCGCGGAGUUGCCGAACAUUGCCGAAUCGACAGUGCCAGAAGCAGGCAUGGCGGACUCAACAGCAACUUCUGUGGCGGGCUCCGCGGCGGUAGCUGCACAAGCCAGGUCCCUCUCGAUCGACAAGCCGCUCCCGGAACUUCCGCAGGUAGCCUCGCCCGUCUCCGAGCAGCUGAUGCCACAGUCGUCAUGUCCUCCACCGCAUUCCGAGUCGUCUGUGCCCGAGGCCGGCAGCUCAAAUGGGGCUCCUCCGGUCUCUUCGCUCCGCCCUGACCUUCCGCCGCUGCCGAGGAUCUCGACCACAUCGUUACCGGCUGAAAGUUACAGUCCCACGGAACCAUCCGCGUCGCAGGAGGCCGAGCUCCAGUCUUUCCAGUCGGGAAGCAUGACUGCCACGAGUGCUGGCUCUGGCAGCACGUACAUCAGUCGUGACUCGGAGUCGAGCAUCGUUUCGCAGGCGUCUACCCGCGCGACGACGCCGGAUAACUCUCAAGCACCCAACCCAACACCCAAAGCUCAACCUUCGCUUUCAGACCUGAGCAUUUCAGAGAGCUUGGCGCCAACAGAGGACGAGGAAGUGGAGACGAGGUUGCUGGAGAAGACGUACGCGCAUGAAUUGAUUUUCAACAAGGAAGGACAGGUAACGGGCGGUUCGUUGCCUGCGUUGGUCGAGCGUCUCACUACCCAUGAGUCAACCCCGGACGCACUGUUUGUGUCGACCUUCUACCUCACAUUUCGCCUGUUUUGCACACCGGUCAAGCUUACCGAGGCACUCAUUGACCGGUUUGACUACAUCGGAGAAGCCCCGCAUAUUGCCGCACCUGUACGGCUUAGAACUUACAAUGUGUUUAAGGGGUGGCUCGAGUCUCACUGGCGCGAUGAGACCGACCGUGAAGCUCUUGGGCUGAUCAAACAGUUUGCCGAGUUCCGACUGACCCCCGUCCUGCCAUCCGCCGGGAAGCGCCUGCUCGAGCUGGCUGAGAAGGUCUCCGUGGUUGAUGGUGCUCUGGUACCUCGCCUGGUCUGCUCCAUGAGCAAGACUAGCUCCUCUGCUGCUCAACUUGUCCCCGCCGAGACGACGCUUCCCGCCCCUGUCAUCAGCAGGAGCCAGGUGAACGCGUUGACGAGUUGGAAGGCGGGCGGCAGCUCCCCUUCAAUCCUCGAUUUCGAUUCCCUCGAGAUUGCCCGCCAGCUAACGAUGAAGCAAAUGGCCCUUUUCUGCUCCAUCACACCGGAUGAACUCCUGGGCUCGAAGUGGACCAAGUUUGGCGGUGCUGAGACACCUAAUGUGAAGGCCAUGUCGGCGUUCACUACCGGCUUGACCAACCUCGUUGUCGACACCAUCCUGCAUCAUGAGGAAGUCAAGAAGCGAGCGCUUGUCAUCAAGCAGUGGAUCAAGAUUGCCAAUCAAUGCUCCCAGCUUCACAACUACGAUGCGCUCAUGGCAAUCACUUGCGCGCUCACCGACACGAGCAUCAAGCGUUUGAAGAUGACGUGGGAUGCCGUUCCCGUCAAGCGCAAGGAGAUGCUCAAGGCGCUACAAGCCAUUGUCGACUUCAACCAGAACUUCAAGGUUCUCCGCGCCCGACUUCACGACCAGGUCCCGCCGUGCCUUCCCUUCCUCGGCAUGUUUUUGACCGAUCUCACGUUUGUGGACGUUGGGAAUCCGGCCACCAAGACAAGCGACACCGGGUUGACCGUCAUCAACUUUGACAAGCACACCCGCACUGCGAAGAGCAUUGGGGAGCUGCAGCGCUUCCAGAUUCCCUACCGCCUCACCGAGUUGCCGGAUCUCCAGCAGUGGUUGACAGCGGAGAUUGAGCGUGUUCGCGAGAAGGAGAAAACUGGUGCCAACACGCAGGCAGUACACUACCGCAAGAGCCUGCUUCUUGAGCCUCGCGAGGCACAACAACCACGAACAGCUAUCGAGGCCCCGUCCAGCCCGGUCGGUGGCAGCAUGUUCAGCUGGAUGCGCGGCAACAGCACCGGACUUAAUGGUCUAUCGGUUCAGAUCUGAGCCAAGGAUGUCCUCGCGCAGCCAGCUACGUCGACUAUUAGCCUA